AUGUCGCAGAUAAACACAGUGUGGCUGAACAGGCUAAAUCAAUCAAUCGAAACGAGGUCGCAAGUUUAUGACGUUGUGACGUAUGGUAGUGACGUAAGAAGCGUCAAGAUGGCGGCUGUAGACGUGGAGGACGAGAGUAUUUUGGUGUCGGUGUUUAAAGACAGUUUUCCGGAGAACUGGAGGGAGAACCCGGACUUCGCGACGUAUCUGCUGGAGCUGAGCUCGUAUGGAGUGGAGAAGUUGAACCGGGAACCGGAGCGCCUGUCGGAAGAGAGGGCGCAGAUCCUGCAGCAGACCCGCGAGCUCGCCUUCUCCAACUACAAGACGUUCAUCCGCACCGCAGACUGCACCAAAGAGAUCUACCGGGACUUUGGGCGGGUGGAAUCCAGUCUGUCCAAACUCCUCGAGAAAUUGCCGAGUUUCGGGGAAAAAUGCAGAGGAUUUGUGAAGGAAGCGGAGGAGAUCGGGGUGAGUCGGCGGAUGAACAGCCUGACGCUGAACCGCCACACGGAGAUCCUGGAGAUUCUUGAAAUUCCGCAGCUGAUGGACACGUGUGUCCGGAACGGCUACUACGAGGAAGCUUUGGAACUCGCAGUGUAUGUAAAGAGGCUGGAGAAAAAGCACUCGCUGUCACUCCCUGUCAUCCAGGGCAUCGUGAACGAGGUGCGUCAGUCGGCCCAGCUCAUGCUGAACCAGCUCCUCCAGCAGCUGCGCAGUAACUCUCAGCUGCCCGUGUGCCUGCGCGUGAUCGGCUACCUGCGCAGGAUGGACAUCUUUACAGAGGCGGAGCUGCGCGUGAAGUUCCUGCAGGCGCGCGGCAGCUGGCUGCGCUCGGUUCUCGCCGCCGUCCCAGACGAAGACCCUUACGUCCAUAUCACCAAAACGGUGGAGGCCUGCCGAGUGCACCUCUUUGACAUAAUCACGCAGUACCGCGCCAUCUUCUCGGACGAGGACCCGCUGCUCCCGCCCACCGAGCAGGCCCUCAACGAGGGCACCAUCUUCCACGGCUGGGUGGUGCAGCAGAUCGCCCACUUCCUCGAGACGUUAGAACGGGACCUCGAACGCGGAGUAGGAAGCCGUCUGGACUCGCUCCUCGGACAGUGCAUGUACUUCGGCCUGUCUUUCAGCCGCGUGGGGGCCGAUUUCCGCGGCCAGCUCGCGCCCAUGUUCCAGCGCGUCGCCACGGAGACGUUCGCCAAAGCCGUCCAGGAAGCCGUGGACAAGUUCAAGGACGAUAUGAACAUGUAUACGCUCAUUUCCCUGCCGUCCAUGCUCAGGAACACCAUCCCGACCGUGAGCCCCGGAGUUCAACCCGGCACGCUUCAGCCCCCGAUGGGGUUGUUGGACUUUCCUCCUUUAGCCUGCUUCCUGAAUAACAUCUUAACAGCAUUUAACGACCUGCGGCUGUGCUGCCCCAUGGGUUUAGCUGAAGAGGUUGCCAAAUGUGUCGAAGAAGCUCUUCUGAAGGUGACUAAACUGAUCCUGGUUUUCCACCGGGCGGAGGAGUCGGCCUUCAGCAGCCGCGAGCGCGAUUUGUUUGUCCGGUUCUGUUGCGCCUUCGCAGAGGACAUGGUGCCCUUUUUGAACCGAUGUCUCCAGGUUCUCUUCCCACCAGCGCAGCUCGCACACAUCCUCGGUGUUCCUCCAACCCAGGUUCAUAAACACGGUAACGUCGGGUGCAUCGACGUCAACGCUGUGCUGGAACCUUUAGACUUCGUCCUGCCUAAGCGAGAACCCGUGUCCCCGGUGCUGGAUCUUUCCGUCGAGCUGAGCAGCUCCAGUACUACAGAAGCCCAACCUUCAGCUCCAAUCCAGACUUCACUUUCUGAGACGGCGGAAUCUCCUGAAGUGACUGCACCAGAACAUGGAGCAGACCUGGACUUCCACGGCUCCAAGACUCCACAUGCAGAACGACCCAGAACACAGGACACGGAGCAAAACGAUCCAGUAGACACGGCUCUGAGCAGCACAGAUGAUCAGAACGACGCAUUGCAGCCACUUUCUCUAAAUUAAAUGGCUUCUUAAUUUCCUUUGAAUUCUAGUUAAAGUCACUCUGGGGAAGUUUUACUUUUAUUUAAUGAUGUAUAAAAUGUAUAAUGAGUAUUGUAUUCUCUUGCAUUGUUCCUUUUGAAGCUUUGUCAUGAUUAAAUCUUGCAGCGGGAGCGGAUAAAUACAGAAUAUUUAAAUAUA